UAGUGGGAGUUAGGCUAUGAAAUUGGUGGCCGUUGGGGAUAGGACGGGGAAGGAGCUGUUGCAGACCCUCACGUCCAGAAGGAACGGCCUCCGUUUAGUUUCUCCCUCUAAGGUCGAGGGAUCUGCAUGGGGAAAAUGGAGCGAUACUUGAUCCUGGCGCUGUUUAUGUUCCAACUUGCAGUGGCUCAGCAAUCUUCGCAGCAGUGGAAGACAUUGAGCGGUGAUACGCCAGCAGUAAUAGCGCGAGGUGGAUACUCGGGGCUGUUCCCAGACUCUAGUGAUCUUUCAUAUGACUUUGCAUCAGCAAUCAGCUUGCCCGGUGCUAUUCUUUUCUGUGACCUGCAACUCACAAAGGACAACGUCGGCAUAUGCCAAGGUGAUUUGAGACUGGACAACUCUACAAACAUUGCCACGGUUUAUCCAAAGGGUGAUAACACCUACACUGUCAAUGGAAACAAGCUUCACGGCUGGUUCACGAAUGACUUCACAACAAAGCAGCUGUUCAGCAAGGUCACCUUGACCCAGAGCAUUUUCACGCGUCCCAGCGUCUUCGACAAUUCGGUACCGAUGCUUACUCUUCAGGAUGUUGGAGGGCGCAGAGUACGUCUCUGGGUUAAUGUCCAGUAUGACUCAUUCUUUAAGCAGCAGAAUCUAAGUGCAGCAACAUAUAUUCAGAGUGCAACUAUGAGCAUGGUUAUUGAUUUUAUCUCCUCCCCAGAGGUUGCUUUUCUCCAAAAUAUCAAAGGAUUAGUACCAGCAGGAAAAACAAAGCUGAUUUUUCGGUUUAUGGAGGCAGAUGAUGUGGAACCUACAACCAAUAAAACAUAUGGUUCAAUCUUGGCUGACCUUUCGUCUGUCAAAGCAUUCGCGUCUGGAAUUCUUGUUCCUAAGAGCUACAUAUGGCCUGUUAAGGAUGGGUAUCUGCAGCCUGCCACUUCUCUUGUAAAUGAUGCUCACAAAGUGGGGCUGGCAGUUUAUGCAUACGGGUUUGCAAAUGAUGCUCCUGCUAGCUAUAACUACAGUUAUGAUCCCAUAAGAGAGUACGUGCAAUUUGUAAGCAAUGGAGAUUUCUCUGUAGAUGGUGUGCUUACUGACUUUCCUUCAACAGCAUCCGAGGCAAUUGGUUGCAUUGGCGUUAACAACACAGCAACUGAAAGUGAAAAACCUCUGGUUAUAACACAUAAUGGUGCAAGUGGAGUCUUUGCUGGCUGCACAGAUCUUGCCUAUGAGCAAGCUGUGAAAGAUGGUGCUGAUGUGAUUGAUUGUGCCGUGCAAAUGACAAAAGAUGGUAUACCGGUUUGCCUGAGGAACAUAGAUCUCAUGGUUGGCACAACAGCAAUGAAUGCAUUCGCGUCACGCGCUCGAUCAAUCCCACAGAUCCAAGAAAGUAGAGGCAUUUUCUCAAUUGAUCUCACCUGGGCUGAGAUUCAGACCCUGUCAGCUGUGUUAAGCAGCCAGAUUGAAACAGAAACAGGUUUAAGGAGAAACCCAGCGUACAAGAACCAAGGAAAGUUUAUGACAUUGGCUGAUUUCCUCGCUUUUGCAAAGGAAAAGUCAGUUUCUGGUGUCCUCCUUGACAUUCAGAAUGCAGUUUUCCUGGCCAAUAAUGGAUUUGACAUAUCAGAUGCAGUUAUCAGUGCCUUGAGCAAUGCCAGUUAUGACAAGCAAACUGCACAAAAAGUCUUCAUACAAUCAGAUGAUAGCUCUGUACUUAAAAAGUUUAAGCAGCAAACAAGUUACAAAGGAGUAUACAACAUUGAAAAAGUAAUCAGUGAUGCAAGCACACCUGCUUUAGAUGAUAUUAAGCAGUUUGCAGAGGCAGUUAACGUUGCCAGACCCUCACUGGUGAUAAGCUCAGCCUUCUUCGUUACAGGCUUUACUGAUGUAGUAGAAAAAAUGCAUGCAAAGAACAUCUCUGUUUAUGUCUCCGUACUUCGAAAUGAGUACGUGAGUUUGGCCUUUGAUUUUCUCUCUGAUCCAUCGGUUGAGCUUGCAACUUUUGCUCGAGAACUGAAAGUUGAUGGCCUCGUAACUGAAUUUCCUGCAACUGCGAGCAAUUACUUGAGGAGUGGAUGUUUCAAGCCUGACAAGAACACACAAUACACCAUCUUAUCCAUCCAGCCAAAUAAUCUUCUUUCAAGUGUUUCAGCUUCCGAUGGCUUGCCACCAGCAGAAGCACCAGCUCCAGUCCUCAGCGUAUCUGAUGUCAGUGAACCACCCCUGCCACCAGUGUCGAUCGUGUCUCACGAAUCACCAGCCGCUGCUCCAGAAAAAUCUUCUCUCCCCAGUGGCCAUCCAGCAUUUGGAGUGAACAUAGUGCUAUCUCUAAUUAUGAUGGCACUCAGUAUUGUUUCACUGAAUAUAUAAAUUGGUUUUGAGUUGUUCCCAUUGAUAUUUUUUCCUCCCUGGAAUUGUAAUACUUCUAUCUUAUAGAUUAAAAAAGAAAGUGAGUGAGAGAGAGUGACAGACUUGUUGAUCGAGGCUUGUUAAAAUAGCUCGAUACAUUUACUUUGCUUGAGCAAUUAAAUCAGGCCAAGAUUCUCAAAAGUCUUUCUUGUUUUGUGCCCGAAUUGAUUCUUCACUUUCAUGGCAUCAAUACAAAUAAGAGGUACAA